AUGAGCCUCGGUAGGCUUAAGCGCAUAUAUGAGGAUGGGCAUAAGAAGGUGCAUCCGUUGCACGUCUGCUUGGGAUUAUUCAGUUGCUUACUCACUACUAUCGGUAUCUGCUCCGUCGUUGCGGACAGCGAGGGAUUGGAUAUAGGACCACACUCGUAUAAAGCUGGGAUAGUUGCACUCAUAGCCGCUGCUUUCCUCUGGUUUGGAAAUGGCUACUUAAUAUGCACGCAUUAUUUUGGCAAUGACAGAGUAUCUAUUUAG